AUGUCUAAAAAAACCAAUCUAGAUAUUGCAGACAAUAAUGAGGAUACAAAUUCUGCUAUUGCAACUCAUGAAGUUACCAACAUCGCUAAUGGUGAGAAUAAUAUUAUUACUGUUAAAGAGAAUAAUAAAGAUGAAUAUUAUAUGGUACAAUCAAUAAUAUACAAACUAAAAGAGUACUGGGAUAUUAUUAAACAAUCAACUAUAUUACCCACUUUGCUUGAUCCAUACUCAAAAUUAAUGACUUUUGUAAUAUGUGAAGCACAAUCAACUACUAUUAGUAUAUUACGUGAAU